AACUAGGGUUUACAUGAAGCCCUAGACGGUAGUUCAUUUCUUGCCGAUAGAGAGAGAGAAGGGAAGAUGCCGGCGGGUCACGGUCUGAGGUCUAGGACGAGGGAUUUGUUCUCUCGGCCGUUCAGGAAGAAGGGAUACAUCCCAUUGUCGACUUACCUGAAAACUUACCGCAUCGGAGACUAUGUGGACAUCAAGGUGAACGGAGCCGUGCACAAGGGCAUGCCCCAUAAGUUCUACCAUGGCCGCACCGGGAAGGUCUGGAACGUCACCAAACGGGCCAUUGGCGUCGAAGUCAACAAACAGGUGGGCAACAGGAUAAUUCGGAAGAGGAUUCAUGUGCGUGUGGAACAUGUGCAACCUUCAAGAUGCACAGAAGAAUUCAAAAAUCGCAAGUUGCAGAAUGAUCAGCUGAAGGCCGAGGCUAAGGCCCGAGGAGAGGUGAUUAGCACAAAGAGGCAGCCAGAAGGACCUAAACCAGGGUUUAUGGUUGAGGGUGCCACCUUGGAGACUGUCACCCCCAUCCCGUAUGAUGUUGUCAAUGAUCUCAAAGGAGGAUACUAAUUCUUGUCAUCAUCACAAAAUAGGUGGUCUUCAGGGAUUUUGGUUAUCUACUGGUUUUGUGUUAAUUGAACCUUUGGCAAUAGUUUUGUUUCUUGUUGAGGUUUCCUGCUAUUUUUGACUCAGAAAAGACUUCUCAUACUUUCAGUAUUAGGUGCAAGUUCAUUCAUUAAAAGAUUUUGAGGCUUGUCAUAAAUUAUGCGACUCGGUUAGUGUUAUUUUAAGUGUUGAAUGUUAGUGUUAUUCAUAUA